AUGCCUUUGACGCGACGCUUGACACAAGUCACGCAAGUUCGUGAAUCACUUCCAGACGACGAGGUGAAGGCAGUGAAGUGGCUUCAGCAGGCAGAAGCGAUCUUGAUCUGUGCUGGUGAUAUCUUCACCUCUGAAGCUGAUGCAGGUAUAUUCCGACCAAGUCCGCUGACUGCAAGAGGAGGACUGGAGCAUGGGAUUCCAGCGCAGGGAUCUUGGACACCUGUUUGUGCCCUAUGGCGCGAGCAUCUGCAACUGGACAGUGCGAGGUUAUUUGAGAGCGAUGCCGCUUUGGCCUGGGCGUACUGGGGCUUUUGGUGCAAAUGUUACCUGGAGGAAGCACCAAAUGAUUUUUACCGAUACCUGGGUACGUGGGCUUGCUCACGAUCUCAAGGCUGUUUUUGCGUGACGGAAGGGAUCUCCGGGCACUGGGCCCGGACUUUGGGUGAGGAGAGCAUUUGGGAGACCCGCGGCUCGGUCUCUCACUUGCAGCGGGUUGACGGCUGCGACAAAGUGUGGCGAGUUGGCGAAACUUGGAUGUCGUUGACCACCCAACGUAUCGUGACAGGCAUCACUUCGCAGGUGACAGGCAUGCGAGAUGGUCUCAGCAUAGCCACGUCUGCCCUGACGUCUCUCUUGGACAAUUCCAAGUCAAAGUCAGCCACAUCCGCUUUGUCAAAGCUCAAGAUCAAGCCAGAAGGCACACGCGACUCAAAGCUAAGCCCAACACCAAGCAACCGGAACUCCAAACAGACUGACAAAGUGGAGCAAAAGUCAGCGGAUGCAGCUGAUAUUGUGAGGGCCCGGAUAUCACAGACUAUCCCAACGCUGGAGAUCAAGCUGCCAUUGCCCUGGAGUUUGCAAGCAGGAGAGGCGGUAGAAGUGAGGACCCGGGAUCCCGUUGAGAACAGUAGUGCGCAUCGUUGGUCCGCUUGGCAUGGAGCAGUUGUUGCGGAAGAUGGCUUCAGUGUGUCUUCGAAUGGUCAUCCUGAGCGAGCACAUGCUGUUCGCAGACCCAAAGGUCAAGAUCUUCUCCGGGCAGAUGGCGAUCUUCCGAGGGAUCCAGAAGAUUCCUCAUCGCUGGCUCGUCCCAAUGUAUCCAUGUGCGGCGAUACCAAAUUCACUCGUUGCAGAUGUGAUAGGCAAGAGAAAACUUUCUACGAAUGGCUGCACGCGUUGCCGCCAGAUUGCCGCCUCGUCGUAUUAGAGGUUGGGCUUGGCACGGCUUCUCAAGAAGUUCUGCAAGCUCAAAGGGCCGCCCAUGCCUUUCCGAAUUCCAAGAUGAUUCGUAUUGGCAGCACCCGUUUGAAGAAGCCACAGAGUGCCCGUUGCUGUGGCAUUUUCGGUAAAACAUCUCAAGGAAUGCAACGCUUGAUGGAGGUGCUAGGAGACGUAUCAGAAUCAGUGCCAGAAGGGCAAACACAUGCUGAAGAGAACGAGGAUUCGAUGGAGCAGCCAGCAGGAAAUUCAGAUAGCAUGGUGACUCCAAGCGCCAACGAAGGCUCUGACCACAGGAACAAUGAUCCCCUAAAGAGCAGUCAGGCUGAAGCAGCUGAAGCAGAUGGAUUGAUGCAUUGGGAUGAGAUUGAAAACACUGGGGAGCCAGACAAUGGCGAUGCGUUUGCGCAGUUGGCAGCCAUGGCUUCCGGCAUGUUCUCUGCUGAGCCUGAUGAAACUGACAACUAA